CGAACUCAACCCAAGGGACUCCCGCCCCCGAACAGAAGCCACCUCCAGCUAUUACAUGACAGUAGAGCGCACGCAUUGUUGUGGUCAAGUCUCCGACCCCCUGCCGUACAACCUGUGUUAAUCAGGGCUCUAUGAGCUGAGGCUGGCUUUAGGUCGAGGAAAUAUCGUUUAGAAAAGCUUGAUGAGCUGGGGAAGGUGGCCAUUUCUCCUAAAGCUGCGGCCAUGAAUCCUUUAUGUAGAAUUCUUCCAAACUUUGAGCAGCCAUACAUACAGCGCAAUUUCCAAAAGGCAAGGCCAUCUACACGCAGACUGCUUAAGUCUUAAGAUUCUCAAAAUGUCCACACCGCCGAAGCUCCAGAUGAGCGAUUUUCCGCAGGAGCUAUUCGACGAGAUCGAGAAGAAGAUCGAGACGAAGAUCGAGAAGAAGAUCGAGAGGAUGAUCGACAAGAAGAUCGAGGCGAAGGUCCGCGAGGAGCUGCAAAAGCAACUUCCGCGCGACGUCGUUGUGGAGGCUCUGGGGGCAUUGUAUGCCUUCUUUAUGAGGACGAGCUCGAGGGCACACGCUAAGCAAGCGUGAGCGCUCCUGCUGCGCGGACUGGCUGGAAGUGCUGGCGGGGCCGCAGGGCUAGGCCAUGGCGUCCCUGGCGUUGCUUAGGUCAGCUGUAGUGCGUCAGUACUGCUCUGGCUGCGGCGCGCCACUCAGUCGGCGACAUCAUCGUCGCCGUCCUGCCGAGCGGACCCCGCUCUGGCAAUCUUUGCCGAACAUCAUGACUUCACACCGUGGAGCCUUCGCGACCUAGCGUGGGUGGCGCGCCUGCUCGCCGUUCGACCUCGUCCUCAUGGCUUCGCGAUGCUUCUGGCGGGGCGCUCGCUGCUGCCGGGCUCGCAGUGGCGUGUCGCUGAGCGGCUCUUUCGGUAACGGCGGGCCGAUUGGAGCUGCUGGCGACUCUUGCUGUGGGCUGCUGCCGCGGCCUGACGUGGCGCCGGGCUCGCUGCGCGUGAACAGGGGCACGCUGCGGCGGGAGCCAGGACCGGCGUCUUCCGGGCGGCGGCGGCUGGAACUGUGGGCGCAUCUACACACCUCGUGGUGUGGCCAGUGGAGAGACCUGCUUGGCGAAUGCAGUCUGGCGAAGGCAGUCCAGCGAAGGCUGGCUGGCGCAGGCCGACUAAGCGAAGGCUGGCUGGCGCGUGUCUGCUGUGCUAGGGUGUUGCGCGGCUGUGUGGACUUGGUUGGGCGGUGGGCGUGCCUGCACCGCCUGCGCUAGGGUGCGGGCGCUGUGGCUUGUGCUGUCUGGUGGGUCGGACCGGCUGAUCCUUGUGGUUCAGCGAACUUGCACGGCCCUAGGCCGUCGACAGGAUGCAGCUUCGGGCUGCACCCAACAGUGUGAGGGCCCUGCCCUGUUGGUGCUGGUGUUUUGGGGUAGGAGUUGCACUUUGCAAAGUGGCAGUCAGUCUGACGCCGACCCGCGGCUUAGGUGAGCAGCGCUAGCGUUUGCGGUGAGCCUUGCUCGGGGUUCCUCCCCUCCUUUAGUGAGGCGAGGAGCAUGGGGGUCAUUCGAGGUUCUCUCCUCGAGUGUGCGUACGUGUCUCGUGCGUUUAUGAAGCCCUGGCUUGCCCGCGGCUGUCAUCCCACAUGUAACCUCUAUUCGCU